GCCGGAGCUGCUGGUGGGAGGCAGCCACUUGAGAUCACCAGGCCUCCUGUAGACCGGCGGGUGCAGGGCCCGGUCCCAGAGUUAAGGGAAAGUCGUUUGGAAACCCCAGCGCCAACAGGACCCUUUGGCAGCUGAGGCUGGAAACAGCGGAACCAAAGGCAGACGGUCCUCAGUUGCUUGGGCGGACGUGGACCCAAUCUGUCCGUCCUUACAAGUUUCCCCCAGGGGCAGGACCUAGACGCACGGCGCAUUCAGGUUCUCCUGGACCGUAGUGGUAGUCGCUGGCCCGACUUAGAGGCCAGCUGAGAAGUCUUCGUGCUUCAGAUUUGUUUACCUACAAAAUGCUUCGGUACCCAUAUUUUUGUAGAAUGUAUAAAGAAUGCCUUUCAUGUUGGUUGGAAUCUGGCAAACCUAAUUUAGGUGUCUGGCCAAAAAGAAUACAUACUACAGCAGAAAAAUAUAGAGAAUAUGAAGCCCGGGAGCAAACAGAUCAAACUCAAGCCCAGGAGUUACACAGAUCUCAAGAUAGAGAUUUUGAAACUAUGGCUAAAUUACAUAUUCCAGUAAUGGUGGAUGAAGUUGUUCAUUGUUUGUCACCACAAAAAGGACAGAGUAUUCUAUUCUGAAUUUUGGAACCAAGCUAGCUGAUUUUACACAUUUGAUUUUAUGAUUACAUAUGGAAAAAAAUCAAAACCACAAUGUUACAGGUCUCACACCUUUCACUGUACUUCUGUAAUAAAGGGAAUUAGAAUAAUUUAUUGGUUAAAUAAGAUUUUUCUAGAUAUGACAUUUGGUUCGGGAGGGCACACAAAAGCCAUUCUGCAGAAGGAGUCAGAUAUUGUUCUCUAUGCCUUGGACAGAGACCCAACAGCUUAUGCAUUAGCUGAACAUCUUUCAGAGUUGUAUCCUAAACAAAUCCGAGCUAUGCUGGGCCAGUUCAGCCAGGCAGAAGCCUUAUUAAUGAAAGCUGGAGUGCAGCCAGGAACUUUUGAUGGAGUUCUUAUGGAUCUUGGGUGUUCCUCCAUGCAACUUGAUACUCCUGAAAGAGGUUUUUCCCUUCGGAAAGAUGGCCCUUUGGACAUGAGAAUGGAUGGUGGCAGGUACCCUGACAUGCCCACUGCUGCUGAUGUUGUGAAUGCUUUAGAUCAACAGGCACUUGCAUCUAUCCUAAGAACAUACGGGGAGGAGAAGCAUGCCAAGAAAAUCGCUUCAGCAAUUGUUCAGGCACGCAGCAUCUACCCCAUCACCAGAACCCAGCAGCUUGCCAGCAUCGUUGCAGGAGCAUUUCCUCCCUCUGCUGUUUAUACACGGAAAGACUUACUACAGCGAUCUACCCAUAUUGCCACCAAGACUUUCCAGGCUCUUCGCAUAUUUGUGAACAAUGAGCUCAAUGAACUCUACACGGGACUGAAGACAGCUCAGAAGUUUCUGAGACCUGGUGGUCGUCUUGUUGCCCUCUCCUUCCAUUCACUAGAGGAUCGCAUCGUCAAAAGAUUUUUGCUUGGAAUAAGCAUGACAGAAAGAUUUAACCUAAGUGUUAGACAACAAGUGAUGAAAACAUCUCAAUUGGGUUCAGAUCACGAAAACACGGAAGAAGUCUCUAUGAGAAGAGCUCCUUUAAUGUGGGAAUUGAUACACAAGAAGGUACUUAGUCCACAAGAUCAGGAUGUACAAGAUAACCCCAGAGGGCGCUCAGCCAAGCUUAGAGCAGCUAUCAAAUUAUAAGUUACCAUCAUCUUAUUCUUCAAAUUUUUUCUCACAAUUUCUCUAAUCUUUACUCAUGUUAUGUCCCUGAAUGUCUUGGUAUAGGUUUAAGUGUGGGACAGUCUGAAAAUUGAUAGCAUUUAGCAUUUCUUUUUUCUCAAAAAGAAACUGUAGGAAAUACAUGACAGAGAAAGUUACACUCAGGGAGCAGCAGCACCUCCAGAUUGGAAAAAUGUGUUAAUCUUUGCAUCAUAUUGGACUCUUGAAGGCAAUCCUUCCUCUGGCCAGGAAAUUUUUUAAAAAAUAAUACUGUGUUGUGUUUAUCUAAAUACGUAAACUCAAGCUACCAAAGAGAAAGAUGUUGUAAUCAUAUCUGCAUGUCCUAAAUUUUGAAUUUAGAUAUUCCAGUUUGCAUCAGUCUUUCUGUGGCUCAAAUAAUGAUGAUUAUGGAAUGAAUUUUAAUGUCCCUACUUGUGAAUAAUUAGCUUUCUCAAAUGUAGGCUUUUUACAAAUUUUAAAUUUUAAAAUAUUAGUUUAAAUGUGUGUUAUACUGAUAAAAUUUCAUCUUUCAAAUUAUAGUCUAUUAUUUUAAAGGGAUUUUUCAGUAUGAUAUGGGCCAUUUUGUUCAUCUAUCGCAAAGUAAAAAUGUAAAAUCCUUACAGAGAAUUGUUUCACAAAACUUAUAUUUCAUGUCAAUUGUAUUUAUUUUAAUAAUAGCUGACAAUGCCAUUAGUAAAUAAUAAAGUCUCUUAUUAGAAUCUUGUAUUUUUUAAUUGAGCUAAUCAAAAUAAUUCAGCCAAGUCUAUUUGAAAUAGAAAACUGUGUAUUUAAUAUAGUAAAAUCAAUGCUCCCUUAAUGUUGUUACAAAGAUAUGGUAACUGUAAUAUGGGUAAAAGUUUAUUCAAGAAAAGAGUACUUGGUAGAAGAUUCUUUAACAAAUUGAGGAGAUUGAUUCAUAAUUCACAUGUCAAUUUUUUAUAGUAAUAUGUACUUCUAAUUUAUUAUUUAUACUUGAAUUGUGACCUGAAAGAUGAGUUGGAGAUAAUUAGUCAAAGGGCACAAUACAUAGAAAUAAAUAUUCUCUUAGUUAUCCUUGAAAUCAUAUUUAUACUAUUAAUUUGCUCAGUGCACUUUUUUCAAAUACAGAAAAAAGAUUCUCCAUUAUAGUUACAAAUUUUAAGUUGGUGAAUCCAAGUGAAUGAAAUAUCAGCAUAACUAUGUGGGCAAAAUAGAUAGAAUUAAAUGCAUGAAUUUUCCUCAGACUUAUUUUAUCUGCCUCUGUAAUAUUUAACUUUAGUACCCAGGCUUGUUCACUACUUCUGCUUUACAGGCUUUAUUUAAAUCUGAACAAUCCUACAGGGAAAUCAGAAUUAGGAAAAAAAUCUGGAGAACAAUAUGGUUGAAAUAGAAACAAGAGAAUGCACCUAGGUUAAUUCCCUGAAUCCUACUUGAACAAUGUAUAAAUUUCUCUUUGCAUAUAAUACAUAUUUGUGAAUGAGACAUAUUCCCAAAAAAUUCUUAUCUCUGUAUGUGAUUGGAAAAGAAAAGAUCACAUUUGUAUAUUCAACAAUCUUUCACCUAUUUCAUAAGUCAUUUUUUCAUCCUGUAUAGUAUGGGAAUUAUUUUUUAUGUUAAAUAGAAACUGAAUGUACUGGGUUGAAUGGUGUCCUCUCCAAAAUUCAUGUACUUCCUGGAGCCUCAGAAUGUGACCUUAUUUGGAAAUACUGUGGUUGUGGUUGUAAGUAGCUAAGAUGAGGUCAUACUGGAGCAGGGCAGGCCCUUAAUCCAAUAUGACUGGUGUUCCUUAUAAGAGAAGAUAGGGCGGGCAUGGUGGCUCACGCCUGUAAUCCCAGCACUGUGGGAGGCCAAGCCAGGCAAAUCGCUUGAGGCUCAGGAGUUCAAGACCAGCCUGGCCAACAUGGCAAAAACCCAUCUCUACUAAAAAUAAAAUUAGCCAGGCGUGGUGCUUGUAAUGUCAGCUACCCAGGAGUCUGAGGCACAAGAAUCACUCGAACCCGGGAGGUGGAGCUUGUGAGAUCACACCACUGCACUCCAGUGUGAGCAACAGAACGAGACUCUGUCUCAAAAAAAAAAAAAAAAAAAAAAAAGAAAGGAAGAAAGAGUCUUUAGAGACACAGGAGAGAAUGCCACAUGAAGCUGGAGGCAGAGAUUGGAGUGAUACACUGUGGGAACCCUCAGAAGAUAGGAAAAAAGCAUGGAAUAGAUUCUCCUUCAGAGUUCCAGUAGUUGCCAACCCUGCUAACAUGGUUUUGCACAUCUAGCAUCCAGAACAGUGAGAACGUAUUUCUGCUGUUUUAAGGUACCCAGUUCAUGGUAAUUUGUUACAGCAAUCCUAGGAAGCUAAUACUCUGACAGAAAAAAAUCUUGGAUAAUAUGCAUGAGAAAAAUCCUUCAAUAAACACAAAAUUGGUUUCAAAAUGUUUUCAUAUAAAAAUAAAUUAACUUUUCUGUAAUUAGAUUGUGUUUUAUAGUAAUUCUUGCCUGCUUCUUUGUCUUUGUUGUAGGAUGCAUAAUAAAAUACAUGAAUGAGUUUUAAAUGGUUAGCUUUGGAGAAUGGUUUUGGGAAGUUCCUACAGUACACAGAAAUAAAAGCUAAUGUUACUAUGAAUGUGCAUUACUUUUCUAAUAAAAUGUUUCUGAAUCUC